GUUCAGCAAAGUUGGUUUCUUACCUGUUUCCAAAUCAUGGUAAAAUACUGUAUGUCUUCCACAUCUGUGAAGAUUGAAGUCUUUUUAUCCUUUUAUCAAUUCCCAGUGAUGUCCAGGUUGCCUGUUUUGUAGGUCCUUUGCACUUCUUUUUCCAAAGAACACCUGAUGAUAAAGGUCAUCUUACAGAUGGAGAAAGAUGCUCUUCUUCGGAAGUAGAGAAUUGUAAAAUUGUCUGAGUACUUUGUGCAAUUGUAUUGACAUGUUUUCUUUGUCCCUUCUUCAGUCUUCGUCUCCUUCAACCUUUCUUCUCCUGAAUUCGUAGCUGAGUGAGAGAUAAGGAGACUUUAGUCCCCAGAAUGGUUUGGAGCAAAGGAAGAGGUUUGGUCCUGUUAAAAUUGAAAUGCUUGUCAUGAAUGAAGGGUGUAUUGUGAGUAUUUAUUGUAUCACUGAAGACUUAAAGGAUACAGAGAAGGCAAAGUGCUGGGCUGAGAGCUCACAAAACCAAAAAGGGAGGCAAUUUUAUUCCCAUUUAUUCUUCUUGUUUCUAGGCUGUUCCUUCUCCCUCUCCCACUCUGGUCCUGAUGUUCAUCUCCAUGUAAACAGAUUUGUCUUGACUGACUGGACAUGAACAAAAAACCUAUUCUUGCAAUAUUUUCUGCCCUGAAGAAUCUCCAGGAAAAAAUUCAUCGACUGGAGUUGGAACGGUUUCAGGCAGAGGAGAAUGUAAAACACCUCAGCAGGGAAACAGCAGACUAUAAAAAAGUACUGAGUGAGCAAAUGCAACGCAAAGAACAUGACAAGACUGAAGUGUCAAAGAAAAAUCAAGAGCUGUGUUCUCAGCUGGCAGCUGCUGAGUCUCGAUGCAGCCUUCUAGAGAAACAGCUGGACUACAUGAGGAAAAUGAUCCAGCAUGCAGAAAACGAGAAGUCACAUCUUUUGGAGAAACAGGGCUUCUUGGAGAGAGAUCGGCUUCUUGACCAAUCGCAUGUUCAGUCGAAAUUGGAAAAGCUGGAUAUACUGGAAAAAGAGUAUAGCAGACUUACUACGAUGCAGUCCUUAGCAGAGGUCUGUCAUUUGUGUUGGAAAAAAAUGAAAGAGCUGGAACAGAAGCUUCAGGAGGAAGAACAUGCAAGGAAGCUUGUUCAGGAAAAAGCUGCUGAGCUUCAGACAGGCCUGGAAACCAACAGACUACUGAUUCAAGCAGCAUCACCAUUGCUUUCUCCAAAAGCAACACAACCUAGGAAAAAAGCUAAGCAGCCAGAGAAGAAAUGCUCUCUUGGAAGACAUUCCACUGUGCAGCCCCAUUACAGACUGUGCCUGGGUGACGUACCCUUUGUGGCUGGGAAGUCUACCAGUCCCAGUCAUUCAGUUGCUGCCAAUGUGCAACACGUGCUGCACCUGAUGAAACAUCACACGAAAGCUUUGUGUAACAGACAUGUGGUAAACGAUGCUCCACUAGCAAAACCCACCAGUAUGGCUCAUCCUGCCAGCAAAAGCAGAAGGCCAUCCCUGCCAAUGGACUCGUCCUCAUCUCAGGAAGAGCUCUCAGAAGUGUUGCUGACUUUACAAGAUGAAUUUGGACAGAUGAGUUUUGAUCAUGAGCAGCUGUCAAAGCUCAUCCAGGAAGCCCCAACUAUUGCAGUGAGGGAAGAUCUGGAGAGGGAACUUGAUGCACUGGUGGGAAAGAUGGAAGCAAAGGCAGACCAAAUCAACAAAGUUCGGAGGCAUCGUUUGCAGCUAGAGAGACUUAGGAGAGAAUGCAAGUCCAGAAAGACUUCUGCUAAACAAAUAAAAGACAGCAGGUUCCCAGUCAGUGAGGUUAAAGUAACAACUACAGUAAGCACAAAAGGCAAGAAUGCAGGUCCCAUCAAAGUGAAGCCUGGAGAGAAGAGCCGGAAGAAUCUUCAGUUGCUGAGAGACAUGCAGACCAUACAGACUUCACUACAGAAAGAUGAUAUCAGCUGGGACUGCUGACUCUUCUGCAGGAGAUGUUCUUGAACCAUCCUGGCCAAACUUUCUCGCAUUCUGGAUCUAAAGCAGCUGCCUUUCUUGUGGUGUGGAAGAGACUACUGUAUGCCAAGCGCACUCUUGAAAUACAGGCUUACGGGCUCUUGGUUCUCCAUCCCUGCAUUUGAUUGUAUAUAUUAUGGUCUAGCUUAAAACACAUUGCAUUUUCAAGGUACAUGGCCACUGAAUCUUAACAGUAGGGCUCCCCCAGUUCCCUUAUGUUAUGGGUCCAGCAGUCCCUCCAUGUUGUUCCAGCACACCAAGCACUGCAUGUUUACAUAGGUUGGUGUGUGUGUGAUGUGCCAGUGCCAUUUCACGCUGUUGUUCAUCUGGGAGGCUUCUCAGGAUGCAUCUUGUGUGAAAACAAUGCUGCAGCCCUGGGUGUUGAGGGCUUUUGUCAGUUCUGCUCUGGGUGCAGCUGCAAUGACUCCAUCUCUGGGAGUGUCUGAGGGAGAAGAGGUAAACCCCUCCCAAGGUGUUCUGUGGAGCUCUCUUCAAAAGGCUUCCCUGGUUCUUCUGCUAGGUUGCAUUAGUCAGCAUCAGUGGCAGUGGAUGUUUGAGUACUCAAAAAAGGAGCAAAAUAACUUAGGAGUUACAUUGCUUAAUGAUCAAGUGAAAUUUUUCUACAGAAGCCCUGCUUUAGGAAAAAGCUGUAGCAUAGGGGGUAAUACCCUGUCUCUAGCUGACAGCUUUGGGUAGUAGAGGAGUGAGAGAAACCACAGGUGUUUUAAACUGCAAGUGCCUCAAUCAUGCCUUUUGGUCCUGGUGUCUUGCUUUUAACUUGAAGUAUGUGCUUUGAUGAGCUAUCUACUUUUGUAGUAGUGCAAUUAAGUUUGUGCUCUGACUUGCACAGCUGAUUCAAUGUUAUUUAUUAUGUUAAUAAUUUAAAGAAUUUCCUAUUAAUGGAAUGUACAGAAGACCCAGAUUACCUGUAUAUACAGUUGAAAAAUAAUAAAGCCAGCUUGCCUUUUGAAUGAA